GCAACACACAGCAGCCAAUCAGCAUUCGCUGAGCCACACACAGGCUAAUAUCCCGCCUCGGCGCUCAGUGUAUGAAGUGGAUGGAGUAUGAGUCGGAUCGCUGAUGAAUGCUAAACUUUGCCGUUUGCUGUAUAAUUAUUCUUCUGUUACGGGUGUUGUGCGUCUUUUCAAAAAGAACGAGAUUGCGUGACGAUGAUAAACUACUAAAAGCUGGAAAUACUUGAGUACAUCAUUCUUUAAUGAAAAGAAGAGGCAAGAUUUUUUCACCUAACUCCGUGUGGAAAGAGAUUGAUUUGGAUGCAAAGCAGCCAUAAGAUUCACAAGAUGGUCCGCACUGGAGAGAAACUAUUCACAUGCACCCAGUGUGGUAAGAGUUUCACACGAUCAUCACACCUUAAUCAACACAUGAUGACCCACACAGGAGAGAGACCAUUCACAUGUACCCAGUGUGGUAAGAGAUUCACACAAUCAUCUUCCCUUAAUCAACAUAUAAAGAUCCACACUGGAGAGAAACCAUUCAAAUGUACCCAGUGUGGAAAGAGUUUUACAAUCUCCUCAUUGCUUAAUAGACACAUGUUGACCCACACUGGAGAGAGAAAACACAGAUGUGAUCAAUGCGGUAAAACAUUCACGACUGGUUCAUUUCUGAAGCUCCAUCUAAGAGUUCAUACAACGGAGAAACCGUAUUCGUGUUCUGUGUGUGGAAAGGGUUUUACAUGGCGGACAAAUUUAAAUCGACAUCAGAAGAUCCACACUGGUGUGAAAGAGCAUUACUGCUUUGAGUGUUGGAAGACUUUUAUGACAGCUGACGAUUUGGAACGGCACCAAAGGACUCACACUGGAGAGAAACCGUACACGUGUUCACACUGCGACAAGAGAUUCAGUCAGUUAGGCAGCCUGAGAGCACAUGAGAGGACUCACACUGGAGAGAAACCGUACAUGUGUUCACACUGCAACAAGAGAUUCACACAGUUGGGAGCUCUGAGAAGACAUGAGAAGAUUCACACUGGAAAGAAACCCUAAAAGCAAGGCUGUGCCAGGGCUUGAAAUUAACCUUUGGCGACAAAACGCCAGCCCAGAUAGUCAUGCAGUGUGAAAACAUCUGUGACACGACUACUUUGGAAAUCCUGCAGUCUGAACUCGGCAUUAGAGAAUGCAGGACCUUUUGCGAAGGUUAAAUUUUACACUCUACACACUACCAGAUAUUAAAUAUCACAUGUGAUCAUGACCACCUUCUGCUUCUGGCAUCCGUUCUUCAUACGUGGAUUACUCGGUUAGCUGGAUUUAAGAAAUUGACGAUUUGACACGAUCCAGGAUUGUUACGUUCUUCGAAACUGAUCCGAGUUGUUGUCAUAGCAACAGUUCUGGUAGCUCAAACCUGGUCGGGAGCAGGCUCAUUUCAUAUAAACAGGAUUAGAUCGGCUCAGUUCAAGCUAAGAAAAUACUUAAAGUAUGUGCCGAAUUCUGAUAUUUUCCUACAGUAGUAGUUAUAUACACUUAGGAAAAUAGUGAAUAUUUUUUUAACUAUAUUUACAUUUAUAAAUUUAAAUAUUUACAUUUUAAUAAAACUUAUGCAAUCUGCACCCCCAAAAUGAAAGUACAAAGACUGCCACCUUGUGGUACAAAGAGAAAGCUUAUUGAUAUGAACUUUUUAGACCGCUUUAGAACAUUUUGUGUCUGAUAAUAGACGUGCACAAUGUGACUUUUCACUUUUCCACACAGGGCUAUGAACUUUUGGAUUUUGUUUUGCUUUCAUAAUAAAAACCUUAAUUUUUUAAACUG